AGCUUUCGCAGCUCCAAUCAUGGCUGCUGUACCUCCCCUCCGCCCUGUCACGCUGCCCAUGCCCGUGGCCGCGGCCACCGGCGCGGCCGCGCGCGCGCACGGCGCCUAUGGAGUCCACGGCGCUCACGGGCUGGUCGUGGCACCCGCGAUGGGCACGGCACCGGGGCGGCCGCGGGUGGCGCGGGCUGCGGGGAGUGGUGGAACGGCGAAGGCUGCACGCGGAGUGGUGGCUUUGGGCUUUACUCUGGCGAUCGUGGGCGGCUUGACAUCGCUGCUGCAGCUCAGCUGGAGCUUUGGAGGAUGGGCUUUUGGUCUUCAGUGGGCCUUCUUCCUCCUCCAAGCCUGGCCACAACGUUCAGAGAAGCUCUAUGAUGCCUCAGGCUCCUUGACACACCUGGCGCUGAUCCUCACGGCGCUGCUCUUGGAACCACUGAAGAGCCCUCGGCAGAUCCUGCUGAGCCUGUGCGCGGUCGUGUGGUGCACCCGUUUGGGCACCUUCUUGUUCAACCGCAUAGCACAAGAUGGGAAGGACACGAGGUUUACGGAGCUCAAGAAGAACUUCUGGACCUUUUCAAUCGCUUGGAACUUCCAGGUCCUUUGGGUCUUUCUCCUGCAGCUUCCCGUCACGUUGGUGAAUAGCGUCCCGCAGCCUGCGCUGGGGAUUCUGGAUCUUCUGGGCCUCUCCAUGUGGUGCGUGGGCUUUCUGACCGAAGCGGUGGCCGACGGUCAGAAGUUUGCCUUCCGUGGCAAAGCCGAGAACCGGAAGAAGUUCAUCAAGUCCGGGCUCUGGAGAUUCUCUCGGCACCCCAACUACUUUGGUGAGAUCCUGAUGUGGUUGGGCCUUUGCACCUCCUUCAUGUCCUGUGUGACUUCCGGCAGCCAGCUGCUCGUUUGGAUCUCCCCUGCCUUUAAUGCCCUGUUGCUGCUUCGGGUGUCAGGGGUGCCCAUGCUGGAAAAAGCCGGGGAAGAAAAGUGGGGCAGCGAUCCCGAGUAUCAGCACUACAUGAAGGACCCGGCGGCCGGUUUUGGGUGCGAAGACGGCCGGUUUUGGUGCGAAGAGGGAUGGUGUGGCAGUGCGGCAGUGCUUCAACUGACGGAAGGGGGGAAGCUGCAACAAACAUCUCCGAAAGACAGGACAUGUAGAGUGGGGAAGUUAUUUGCGCCAGCAGUUCCAAUAGGAGCAUUUUUUUGGACCCCAGGCCCCAGGUGGCCUAGCUGCAUGGUCUGGAUGGUCCUUGGAAACCUGUACGGAGGAGAAGAGUCCAGAUCCGAUCCUGUCGCUGAACUCUUCGCCAAAAGGGGAAGGCAGUAGAUCCCUUUGGUGGGACAAACAACACAUUUAAACAUCCUCAGGUUUUUGCAAUGAAGUUGGCCCUAAACCAUCCUAAACUUUAUUUCUGAAAGAAACUAGAGAUCCUCAUGUUCUUUUGAAGUUGUACUUGUUCAGCACUUAGAGAAUAUAUAUACUUGAAUGUUAGUAUAGGGACCUGGGAUAUCUGGGAUAGUAUAGUCUCACUGAUUCUAUGGACCUACACUUCCUUAUACUUUAAGCCAUUCUCGUCACAACCCUUUUCGUUUGGCCGAACAACGAACCGUCCGAUGCCAGAACACCUCCUGCAUCGUGCCAUGGUUUCCAGCCUCGGAGUACAAGGGGCCAAAAGCGCCCAAAUCGACCUGAUAGGGUGCAUGUUUCCUGCAUCGCUUUGCUUGAAAAGGAUCGAA